AAAGAAGAGAGGGAGAGAAAAUUAUUUUUUGGAAUUGUUUGGUUUUGUUGUGAAGUAUUUUUUAAAUUCCUGUUGGAAGCAGAGAUGCGGCUCUGAGCAAGGACAGAGGGAGCUGCCUGUUUAGGAAAUGCCUCGAGGAAAAGAUGUAAUCUGGAGCUGAAAUAGACAGAUACAGCGGUCACAUGACACUGUGUUACAUCAGGUCUGUAGUGAUGGCAGACGUCAGCUGGGCCGGUGUGUGCCGGGACAGAAGAGGAGCUAGCGUUCUGCUGCUCUUUUGGAUUUUCACAGUAGUCCCUCCAUCCCUCCUGCAGCCCCCUCUCCCCCUCUCCCUGCCGGUCCACAUGUCGGUUGUUCCUCCAUCCUGGCAGUUCCUCCCACUCUCUCAGGCAGAGCUGGGGCCUCUUUUCUCCAACUCCAGCCCCUUCUCCUUCUCCCAGAGCCUGUUCAUGGUGCCCCAGCCUGGCCGGACCCUGAGACCAGGCCUCCAGGCUUCAUUUGGCCCUUACUCAGUCACACAGCUCAUAUCAGAGCCUGUCCUCCCUUUCUCUCCCCUUCUGUCCGCCUCCCUCCUCUCAGAGCAUGUGGAGACAGAGAGGGAUAAGGACGGGCAGAAGAGAUUCAAGGUGAGGAUACUGUUCCACAAGAGGGGCAACACCAACAAUCGAGGGACCUGUAUCACCCUGCAUGCCUUCAAGGAGACAGAGGAACACAAGGCCUCCUGUAUCACACAGCCUCCACUAGGGCUGUGUGUGGUAACUCUGACACUGCCCAAUGACUGGUUUGAGGAUCAACACACCAACCAGUCACAUCAAGAUCUGGACAACUGGCACAGUAACAUUCACCCUCGUCGUCGGGUGCAGAAGCGGGAACGACAGCGGAGGGGAUAUCCCCAUGGCAACCUUGUCAACCGCUACCAUACGACUUCUCCUUCAUUAAGAUACCAUCCAGGUGUUGAUGGUGACACCCAGGGGUACGUCCCAUGGGCCCUCAGAUACCGUCGCAUUCCCAUAAGAAACCAAAUACAGCUUUACUACUCCUCCUCCGACACAGUGGCCGACCUAAUGCUGACACCACCACGAUGUGUGGAGGACAGAGAGGCUCAGUCCCAGAGGCAGCUCAUCCAUAUCAAAGCAGUGACAUUGAAGGAGAUGGCUGACAGAGAGCACAGCAGGACCAAAGAAGAAGAAACCUGUUUGAACGGGCAGGGGGAGGAGGAGCUUAGCCUGGACCCCCAUGUCAUGAUUCGCUAUUACAGAGGUCCAGUCCUCACAGGACAGCCAAUCAAAGUGUCGGUGAAUCUGAGAGCCAACUUCAGUGCUGAGUUUGUCGUUAUAAGGCUGAAGGUGAAGAAGGGCUUAGUGUCAAUGGUGGCCCAAAGAACUCUGACCUCUGACUUGUGGUCAGUGACCCUGGAGAAAAGCCAAGGCGCCAAACAUGACGUGGUGUCCAUCAUCUGCCACAAGCACAGCACACCCAAGCACGCAUACAAUCCCACUUCACUCCAGCAGGUGGUGUGUCUGUCAGUCGACGGCCUGAGGCAGAGCUUCGGUGUUGCCAUGACUGUCUCUGCCAGCUGGUGGGUGGAGUUCUCUGGGCGAAGUAACCACUUAUCACCACAUGGGGCAGCAGCGAGCAUCUUCUCAUUUGCCGAUCGACAGAUUUUUGGCAUCGCUCCCAUCACAGAGAGUAACACCAUCAUCAACACAGCCAUACUGACCAACCAGCCGGUGUCACUUCCUGUCAUUGUGCUGGCCAUAAACCAAGAUGGGAAGGUGUCAGACGUCACCUCUGCAGUCACGUGCCACUCAGCCAACGAGAACACUGUCAAGGUGUCCAGCGACUGCUCAACCCUCUUUGUGGAUGGCAGUGAGUCAGGGCUGGGUGACACCUGUGCAGUGGUGGAGUUUCAACUAGGUGCGCUCUAUGGCUCUGUGUGUGUGGAAGUGUGGGCUCCUUCAGUGCCCCUGCGAGUGUCCUUGGCAGACCCCAUUCUCAACGUCAUCGAUGGCUGGAACCACUUCACAAAGAAAGGGUGUGUGCCAGUGUAUCAGCGCUCAUCAAUCCAGGUCCUGACUCAGUUCACUGCUCAGGACUCUCAGAGCAGAACCACGCACCUCCUGGGCUCAUCUGAUUGGUUUGUGGACAUUACAGAGCUGGUCCGUAACUGGCUGAGAGUAGAGGACCCUCGAGUGGCUUCCCUCGGCAACCACAACGACCUGAUUGGUUUACGACCAGGAAAGACAUCACUUCAUGUUGUCUCUGAGCAGUGGGAUGGCGUGCUAGGCAGAUGUGACGUCACUGUGACCUCUGAGCCUGUUACCCCCGGGGACCUUUCUGUGCAGGUGGUUAGCGGCCUCGGCAUGUCCCUCACAGCUAGCCCCACCCACCCUUCCAUCGUCACGACAACAGUCACAGCAUACAACAUCCUGUACAACCAUCACCAGGAGGCUUCCAUCAGCGUCUGGCUCCAGUUCAGUGACAAUACUGCCUCCCUCCUCUCCUCCUUCAACGACCUUCCCUUUUUCCUGCGUCUCUCCUCAUUGGCUGAGUCUGUGGUUGUGGUGGCGCCCGGCCCCAGCCAACGCAUCUUUGCUCAGGGCGAUGGUGGCGGGCCUUUACUGCGUGCAGAACUUUUGGUUUCAACCUGCGCUGACCAGCCAGUCACCUCCAACUCUAUCAGUGAAGGUGACAGAGAUUGGACGGACACUGGAAGAGAAGGAGGAGCAGGCGGGACCAGAAGGCUGGCGAAAGGAUCCGGUUGGAUAAGAGUUAACCUCGACCUGGGCUACCUGCAGCCAGAAGGGGACGAGGAUGAGGAGGGCGGGAAGUUUGAGUUUGACUUUUCAGACACACUGGUUGAGUCAGAUAGUGACGUCUAUGCAUCGAACUUCGAUGAGGAGGAGAAUGAGAAUGUAAGCAGUGACUACUAUGACAAAAUAAAUGGGAAGAGAAACUGGAACGAGGUGGGCAACAGAGGGAUGGUGAGUCAGAACAAUCUGGAAAGAGCCGUGCUGAUGCCAAGUCAGGAGGAGGGCACUGUGUACUUCUCCCCGAGCCAGGAGAUAGAAGGAGAGAGGAUGGAGGAGGAUGUGGAAGGGCAGGGAGCUCGAGAGCUGGAGGUGGGUGUGGGUGCUAUCCUCUCACUGCUUUGUCUCUCUGCUAUCCUCUUCCUGGCGAACUGUCUGCCCUGAGCCCUGCGAGACAGGAGGAGGACAAAGAUGGAGGAGGAGGAGAUGGGAGGACUAGAAGAAGGUGAGAAGGAAGA